AUGCCAUCCAGCCAUAUCAGACCUCCCACAUCAGAGGUGAGAAAUAAUGGAACUUAGAAAGCAUGUCUAUCCAAUCUUAAGUGUACAUUUUCUGCUGUAGAUUGAUGAGGUAACAGCAACGUAUAUAAAUUGCUUUUUCCUAUAAACAAAGCCCUUUAUUAUCUUCAUUUUUGUGCGAUCAAAUCUCACCGCCUGUGAAAGGUGUUUACAAGUGGGCUGGUUUCAAACAUUACCCAAAUAAUGUUUUAAAUUUGCUUUAUGGGGAUUAAAUACAUAUAGGCAUUGGGUGUGAUUUAGUAAAGGUUUUCCUUUGUUGCCAGUGGGAGUUCAUCUCCAUCAGGAACAGUGCCGGUGGUAACUGAAGUCUCCUCAGCAUUCUCUCUUGUCUGCUACACUUUUUAUCUUUAAGCUCGGGGUCAGAUUACCCUACGUGGUGCUUCAGUUUAGAAGGUUGCGACAGCUGCUAGUUACGUACAUGAGUGCUCAGUGUUCAUGUUCUGUGACUAAUAGACCUGAAAUGCUAUUAGCAACAGUUGAUACUUUUUUAAAAUAAGAAGUUCAAAGCAAAGGAGUGUUAGGCUACCUUAAUACAGCGAAGGGAGCACCUCCUCCCUGCUAUCAUGUCGCUAAUAGCUUAACUGUACAGACCUAAUGGAGGGAGGAGCAGGGCUAACAAAGCCCUGUUUCGCUAAUUACUCUGCUUUCCUAAUUUCUAAUUAAAACAAACCUCCCCGCAAAUCCACUGAGUUGUGAAAAUAAAAUCUAGACUGACCAGAUCGAAAGCAGAUUCUGGCCUAAUUGGUUUAACCUAGAAAAGAAAUGACAUAUUUUGAAAGGAUUGCAUGAAUGGACAUGUAGGGUUUUCAUCAACGCGCCCUCCCCCCCCCGCCAUGUCAUCUUUUGAGCACCUGCAAAAGCUUUUAAUUUAUUGUCUAUUAAUAUUGUCUCUGCACCAUCCUUAUUCCUUUAAUUUCUUGAUUACAUCUUUUUAUUUGCACUUCUAAAACUGUUAUAAACAAUAAAUGUGACAGUGGGCAGCCUUGCCUGGUUCCUUUAGUUAUUUUACAAUUCUCAGUCAGUAUUUACUUGCAAUUUUGCUGAUUGAUCAAUAUAUAUUGCCUUAACUCCUUUUAUAAAAUGUCUCCACAACCCAUAUAUUCCAGAAUGCUCAAACAGUAUUUUAAACUGGUAAUGUAAUUAUCCCUUGGCACUUUUAGAUUAUAUGAGGCACAGCUCUCCAUUCAGUUUCCAUAAAUUUAAAUGACUGUGUUGCCAUUUUUACCCAAUGAUGUGACACAGCUCUUUUAUGUUCUGAGCUGUGUUAGAAACAGAGAUAUGAAAGCUAGGAGCUAAACGGCACCUUAAACCUAGGUUAUGGGUGCAACAACUGAAUGUCUCUAGGCAGACUUUUUUAUAACAAGAAUACAAAGCUGAAAAUAAAUGAACUGUGGCUAAAACAUUAUGUUCAUUUUCCACAAGGUCUAGUCCUUUCCAUGCUCCCCCUCCCCCCCUAAUAUUAUUAAGAGGGUCUCUGCUCCAGUCUUUGAAGAGUAGCUUGAAGUGGGGAGGCAGAAAAACAUCCUACUUCUACUCUGCAGUUUUAAUCUGAAAUCUUAGGCUGCGCCCAGAUCUCAGAAACUACUCACUCCAAUGAAAUUCCCUGUCGCAAAAUGUGCCUAGAACAACGGGAGUUUCCAACACUGGUUCCGAGAUGACAUUACUUUUCUUUUUUGAGUGCUGUUACUUAGUAGUCAAGGGACGCGGGUGGCACUGUGGUCUAAACCACAGAGCCAAGGGCUUGCCGAUCAGAAGGUUGGCGGUUCGAAUCCCCACGACGGGGUGAGCUCCCGUUGCUCGGUCCCUGCUCCUGCCAACCUAGCAGUUCGAAAGCACAAAGUGCAAGUAGAUAAACAGGUACCACUCUAGCGGGAAGGUAAACGGCGUUUCCGUGUGCUGCUCUGGUUUGCCAGAAGCGGCUUAGUCAUGCUGGCCACAUGACCCGGAAGCUGUACGCUGGCUCCCUUGGCCAAUAAAGCGAGAUGAGCGCCGCAACCCCAGAGUCGUCGGCGACUGGACCUAAUGGUCAGGGGUCCCUUUACCUUUACCUUUACUUAGUAGUCAGUCAAACAUGGAUAACAGUGCUAGAUAUUGGGGAAGGGGAAGCUCUUGUCUCAGUUCAAGAGCGAAACUAGCACAGCUUCAUCCUACCUGAAGCCACUUUUGAUCACCACAAUGUGUUAAGCUUGCCCCAAUUCCCUGAGCAGUGUGGAAGCGUUCAGCAUACAUGUGGAAGCUUGCAGCUUAAGCAUUCCAACAGUACAUUCCACUGCCCCAACAACCUUAGAUUAGCAUUAAGUGCCAAGCAGGCCAGUUGCAGAAAUCUGAUAGCCAAACCUUUAACAGUAGUAUUCAAUUUCAUUGUGUCUUGUUACCAUGUCAGAGUUUCUAUCAUCCCAGCAGACGUAGUGUUUGACUAAACAAACAAACAAACAAACAAACACCAUUAAUAGUUCCCUCCUGUUACAGGACUUGUGUGUAUAAGAAAUCAAAGAUAUCUCAUGUCAGUCCAAACUUCCACCCCAUCUAAAGCCCCUCCAGAAUUGUGGAUUGUGGGUUUGGGUUGCCCCUUUUCAUAUUUAGUUUGUCCAUACUAAUCGCUUAUAAGAUUUAAAAAAAAAAAAAUAAUAUUUAUUUUAAUGCAUUUAGCUUUUAGAGCUUCACGUUUUUUACGUUCCGGAAGAUGUGUGGAAUUUCAAGUUGAAUACAGUUCCAGUAGAUGUUGCCAGCAAAUUUUUUUCGGCGGGAUUUAUAAGGUGAGUUGGAAUAAUAAACGUUGGGUCUGCCUUUGAGUGUAGCAGUUCUAGUAGCAAUUUAUCCAUUAUAUAAGCUGUAUAGCCAGUGUGGUGUAGUGGUUAAGAGCGGUAGUCACAUAAUCUGGGGAACCAGGUUCAUGUCUCCGCUCCUCCACAUGCAGCUGCUGGGUGACCUUGGGCUAGUCACACUUCUCUGAAGUCUCUCAGCCCCACUCACCUCACAGAGUGUUUGUUGUGGGGGAGGAAGGGAAAGGAGAUUGUUAGCCGCUUUGAGACUCCUGAAGGGGAGUGAAAGGCAGGAUAUCAAAUCCAAACUCCUCUUCUUCUUCUUCUUCUUCUUCUUCUUCUUCUUCUUCUUCUUCUUCUUCUUGUUUUCUAAAAGCCAAAUGUCGUAUGUUGGGAAGCUUCCAUGAUUCUUCCAUCAAUUCUUUAGUAAAAUGGAAAGCAGCCAAAUUACUCAAGGGGAGGGGAGGGGUUUUUCAAUCAUUUGUCUUCUCAAAACCACCCUCAAGCUGCUUUUCUCCCUGAGGGGAAAAGAUUUGGGUUUCUUGUAUCUUAUCUCUCAUUAAUGAGAAAUGAGCUUCUGGGAAGACGGGGUUUGGGCUGGACAAGUAACAGGAAGGGACAGAGUCCCUUCAGCCUGGUCCUUUGCUCCUGAUUUCAGCAUGCCACAUAGGAUAUUAUGAUAAAAUGUGUGUUAUAUUCAUUGUAUUGGAAAGUUUUAUCAUUAAGGUUUUAGAAACUAGAGUUCAAGUUCAAACAAGACAAGCAACUCGCCUAUACAUUUUUGUAAACACUGAGUGAAGAACUGGAUUGCAAUAUUCAGAUAAGUAUGAAUUUUGAAGGACAGUUGCAUUUUGGUUUGCAUUGUUUCAGAAAGAGCCAAUUUUAUAGAUUUGGCUUUAAAUGAGUACCGAGUCAGAUUUCUCUUCCAUCCCUGACUACAAUUCCUAGAUUUUACUGGAAAUAAGUAAUGGUUGUUCAGGUCUAUUGUGCAGAAGUGUUUAGUGUUCUUCUGUGUAAAGUGCACUCCUUCAAUACCAGACAUAUUGGUGGGAAAGGAUGUUGGCAAUCACUGUAGAAAAUGUCGACAACUCUAAAUUAGGCAAGAGUCUUAUUAUCUUCAGGUUAAUCGCCUUACUAAGUUCAGAAACUUGUACCCACCUAGUUACAUUUCCAAGAUCAUAGGGAAUUUUAAUAGUUACUUAUCUAUAGAUCACAGAAACUAUUAAUGUCCUAUUAGUGUUAUUCAUUCCUAGCAUUAUGAAUUACAAUACAAUGCUAUCUUAUAAUGAAGAAAAUCCCUGCCUUAAUUAUCUGAGAAACUGCUUAGAACGUCGGUCUUGCUAACUAAGAUCUUACGCAUGAAAUUAGAAGUUUCGGCUACGGUUUUAACAGAGCUUGACAUGGAUGAAUCAUGUGAAUAAAGAGAUUUCUGGCACCUUGGAGAUUCUAUUUGUUAUCACAAAAUAAAUGUUUCAUUGUUUGUGCACAAGAAAACCCACCUUGGUACCAGAGGGCUCUAAAAGUUAAUGUUCAAGGAUUAAGUCAUCAGUGUGAGCUUUGGGAGGUAAAAUUAGAUCUUUGUGGCAUGUAAUUAAUGUACAUUUCCUUUAUACACCCACUUCCAAAACAAAUAUAUCAAUCAUGUCUCUGCAGUAAUGUAAUCUGGUAUUCUAGGGUGCCACCUUAUAUGAUAUUGAGAACAUUAAGAGAGCAGCUUGGAGACUACCUGGGUGAAGAUGCAGUUGUGGAUAAGUAUAUCUUCCUAAAAUGUAUAGGGAAGAAACUUGCAGUGGUAAGUUUCUUCUGUGUUUCUGUGAGUGGGUUAUCAAGAAGAGCUGUAUGCUUAUUUUCAAAUGUUCCCAUUUAACAUUUCAUGUUCAUGUAGUGGCAGUCAGGGGGAAAAUGUGAUUUAUUUUUUUCCCCUCCCUGGCAGUUACCGUUUCAAAAUAAAGAGUUAUAAAACCAAGAUUUUUUUUUUUUAAUUAUGCAUUUUUUGGUCACAGUCCAGUAGGCUUCCUUGCUCAUGGGCUGAAGAUGCCAAAAGGAGUUUUGGCUUUAUCUUCAUGGCUGCCCUUACACUAUACGCCACAAGUUUAAUUUGAAGUCGUGAGGAGGUGAAUAUUUGGGGAAAUCCACAUUAUAUGGGUCUCUCCUGUCACAUGCAAUUUUGAUCAUGGCUUACAUUUCUAAAAUUCUGUAACUGCCAUAACUGCCACUUACAAGCAGGGAGCUUGUGAGAAUAUGAACCAUAGAGUUGGAUGGGACCAUGAGGAACAUCUAGUCCAGGGAUCGGCAACCUAAGGCCCAUGGGCCGGUAGCAGCCCACGAGGCUUGUCUAACCGGCCCAUGGUGACCUCUGCUGCCCCCCGCUGCCUGCUCUUACCGGCCUGGUGCAGGGACCGACUUCUGGGUUGAUGGCACCUGCGCACAGGCGCUUCUCCGACCCGGAUGUGCGCUGGAAAUAGCACGUGUGCAUGUGUGCGGGAUGGAGAAGCGCCCAUGCGCAUGCACACACGCUAUUUCCGGCACACUUCCAGGUUGAAGGAGCACUGGAAAUAGCGUGUGCGCAUGUGCACAGACGCUCCUCCAACCCGGAAGAGCUUGUGUGUGCACACGCUCCAGCCCAUCCUCUGACGGACAGAGCGUCUACCAGCCCAUCCUUGGAUAAGGUUGCCUACCUCUGAUACUAGUCCAACCAAUGCAGAAAUCUUUUGCCAAACAUGGGGCUUGAACCUACAACCUUAAAUAUAACAAUAGUGGGGUUGUUGUUGUUUAGUCGUUCAAUCGUGUCCGACUCUUCGUGACCCCAUGGACCAGAGCACACAGGCACUCCUGUCUUCCACUGCCUCCCGCAGUUUGGUCAAACUCAUGCUGGUAGCUUCGAGAACACUGUCCAACCAUCUCGUCCUCUGUUGUCCCCUUCUCCUUGUGCCCUCAAUCUUUCCCAACAUCAGGGUCUUUUCCAGGGAGUCUUCUCUUCUCAUGAUGUGGCCAAAGUAUUGGAGCCUCAGCUUCAGGAUCUGUCUUUCCAGUGAGCACUCAGGGCUGAUUUCCUUCAGAAUGGAGAGGUUUGAUCUAGUGGGGUAGGAGAGCUUUAAAAAAAAAACACACCUGGCAACCAAUGCACCCCUUUGGUUUCAGAUAAUGCAUUGGUAGAUGAAUCCCAAAAGGCUGGGACACAAAUUUUCAUGGCCUUCUAGCAGCGAUGGUGGCUCAUUUAGCAGAAGUAAUGUAUUUAGCAUUAACCCUGAAAGUGAGUACUCGAUUCUGACCAAACUAAGCCCCCUAGACAUCAGGUUAUGCAGUUAGAGCCAAUUUGGAGCUCUUGCAAAGCAAACCUGCUUUGCCAAAACAUUGUUUCUUUUUGUGAUAAGGAAAUAAUAGGAAAAUGCACUGGAAAGUGUGAGAUAAUGCUUGGUUGAUGCAACACCUGCGUAAUCUCCCCAAGAGCAAAUCAGGACGAACACUCAUAAAGUAGCUGGUGACAUCUGCAAUCAAAUCCUAAUGACUGCUUAUUAAAUAGGUUGUAUUGCAGCACCCUGAGUGUAACUUAGUUGAGUGGAACCUUACGGGUGUUAGGUUCUUUAAGAGAGUCCUGCUGUUAACUGGCCUACAAAGCAAACUUUGAACCUACGUUGUCCACCAUCUUUGUUCUCUGCAGAAAUGCCUCUCGCUUUCACUUUCAUUUCACCUUUAACAACGUAAAUUCCCACGAAUGCAAUGAGAUAGACCUCCCAUGUAAAAACGCUCGGCAAUUUUAAAAGCACUCUUAAUGUUUUGAUCUUAAUAGCUGACAUAGCGGAGAGUAGUAAUUCCAAGGAAAAUUAAUGGUCUAAUUGCAAGUUUUAAUCAUUUAUUUCCCUUUGAGCUGCUGGAAGCCUUUCUGACAAAGAGGUUUGGAAUUUGUUUUGCUUUCCCUUUUUUUUUACUGCCCCAAUUCUUUUCCAAGCCAAGACUAAUAAAAGACGCAACCAUGAAGAAAAUGAGAUGGUUCUUUCAAGUGCACAAUCUGCCUGUGUGCAGAGUGCGUAGCUUGGAAAGCCUACUCUAGAUGGUUGUCACAGACUCCCUGGGAAGAGCUGACAAGCUCUUGUCUUGUCCAAACAUAUUUCUCUUUACUGCAAAUCUCUCAGUUGUAUUUACAGAAUCAAAUCAAGUUUUAACUGCUCUGCUAAGGACAAAGAAAAGCUUAGUGUCAUAAUAUUUAAAUAACUACAAAAAUUACCCCCCCCCCCAGUCUUUGGUACAGUGGUACCUCGGGUUAAGUACUUUAUUUGUUCCGGAGGUCCGUUCUUAACCUGAAACUGUUCUUAACCUGAAGCACCACUUUAGCUAAUGGGGCCUCCUGCUGCUGCCGCGCCGCCGGAGCCCGAUUUCUGUUCUUAUCCUGAAGCAAAGUUCUUAACCUGAAACACUAUUUCUGGGUUAGCGGAGUGUGUAACCUGAAGCGUAUGUAACCUGAAGCGUAUGUAACCCGAGGUACCAUUGUAUUCCCAACAAACGUGAUGAAGGCACUAGGUUUUAUCAAGAGAAAGCGAUUCAUACGUUGUCCAAGUGAAAUAGCUGGAGUAUAAGCUAGUCAUGACCUACUUGUCCCAUUGAUUUCUGUAAGAAAUGUGACCCAUUUUCUUUGGAUACGGGUCACUGUGUUUCUGAAAACUAUGGUUUGCUGACUGGGAGCCGGCCUCAGGAACAUGUACUUCAUUCCCUUCCUCCUGACUCCUUCAGUGCAAGUCCUCCUUCACUUGCCAGCUGUCUUUUCAUAUUGUAGUGUUACAUCUGCUGUGAUGUUAACCAAGGCUAACACUAACCUAGUUCCAUCUUAACCAAAAUUUCCAAACCUGCUUCAACCCUUGGUUUCAAAUCCAGAUCAAUAUCAGAAUUGGUUAGUUUCACUGCAGGCAUUAUAAUCAAACCAUGAUUAAGACCAACAAGAAGAUGCAGUGAGGGAUUCUAGCAAGGUGUGGGGAGGAAUAAGGGAGCAGGGAGUGCAUAUUCUCAAGCCCUGCUCCCAAUUUACAAACUACAGUUUGUAAGGAGCCCAUGCUAUAUCUUUAGCAAUGACCGCUCCCCGCUUAAAACGGGGGGUGCCCUUUGCGUGGACGCGCGCAGCCCUGGAUCUGGAGCGGCCCCAUCAGCAUAGGCUUGGCUUUGCCUUCCCUCAGGUGGGAUACCUGGAGGUCCCCGCCUACCUCAGUCAGUUGUCCACUCGCACCUGUGGGAAGCGUGGCCAAGGAGACCAGGCCAGGUAGGGGAGGGAUUACCUGCCCACACAAUAGAGGGAGGAUCUUACCUGGGAAUCCUCACUUGGCUCCAGAGCUUCUCCCACCCUACCCACCCUCAGUUAAUGUCUUCCUUUGCAGGUUAACUUUUCUUCAUAGGUUUUGCAGGUUAACUUUUCUUCACAGGUUUCUUCACAGGUAUGCGGGCGCUGCUACGUUAAGGUCGCUGUUAAAGGGCCGGAAAGGAAUUUCCCUGCAUUGGCAGGUUUCGCCUUUCCCGUAGCAAAACGUCACAACUUUGGCGGUAUCAGGCCUUGGGCGGAAUCCUUUAGUCCAUCUUCCUCUUUGCGGCGGCGAUACCAGGGUUCCCCGUUAAAGGGGUUUCUGAAGGGAGGCUUUGACCGUACGCCGAAAGGUCGUCAUUGCUCUCCCCUGCGGCGGUGGCGUAACGGGGGCGGCUAUCUCUGCUUGAACAUAUGUUCUCCAGAGCCGGCCCAUCCCCCCCACACACUGGAUAACCCUGAAGCUCCCUAGGUCCCCGGCUGGGGACUGGGGAGGGAGAACGCCCAAUGCCUGAGCCAAGGUCUACCCACAUUUGAAAUUUAAUAAAGUUGUGGCCAAUUUAAUCCCAUAGCACGUUGUCUUGAGUCGUUAUUACACAUGAUGGGGGGACCGCGCGGGAUCUGGGGACUCCGCCUGUCCACACAAAUCACCAUGUAUAUUGUUUUGGUCUUUCCCCACUUUUUUGUACGUUUCAAAAAGCCCUUGUACAAAUGGUAUAAAACACCCUUUUGAUUUACUUGAUAGGAAAGGUUGAAGUUGUUUUAUAAUAUUUGAGCGGUCAGAGCAAUUAUAUGUAAUUAUACGCAUGUGAACAAACAUUUGCUGAAUUUCCCAGUUCUACCGUUGCCCAACAGCGCCUUAAUCUCUUCCCAGAGAUACUUCUUUCUAAUAAGAGAAGAGAUACUUGAACUCUGUAAAGACAUGUUGCUUUUAUUUUAGGGGAAUCAGCAGCCUUGUUUUUUGUAGCCAUUAAAGUUAAAUGACAUUCAAAUUAAGCAACAUGCUUUUAUUUUAAUGAACCGCAACCCCUCACGGUAAAAAUCUGGUGUGGUUUUAAACAAGCAUCUUUUUACAUUGUUAUGUACUUCCAACUCCCCUGUGAGAAGUCCAGAGGUAGCACAAGAAUGAGAGAUUUUAUAACAGUUUAUUAUUUAUAAGGAGAAAGUAAUAAAGACAGACUUCUAAAGCAAAACCACCAAUUCUCUAUUAGCUCUCAAAAGAAAAAUUGCACCCCAAAUAUAUUUCUGUUUUAGUCAGCUUAUCUAUAAACUCCAAGUGCUCUUGGCGCUCUUUCCCUUUUUUUAAUCCAGAUUCAAAACUGCCAAACUUGCUUCUAAAACUCUUUUUGUGCCUCCCCAUUAACACUGAUGAGUGUGACUUUCUGAAGACUGGAAGCAUUAUACUUUUGAUAAACCUCUGAUCAUAUAAAUUCAGAAUAAUAACAAAGGCAGCCAAAUUUAUACAGUAGCAGCAUUUUCUAUGUUACUUGUAAGGCAUUCACACAACUGAAGAAACCUUAGGUGAUUAAUGAGAUUUAAUUAAUUGAUUUAUAGGUUGAUUAAUGGAGUAAUCCUAAGGGAGCAGUGAUCUAAGAUGGUUCAGACACUUCUCCUGAAUCGCAUUCCCUUCCAGAAAUGGAACGAGCCGUUUGCAGAACGGCAUCUCUGAAUCUAACACUUACAAAAAAAUUAUUAGAAAUUAGCUAAAAACAGAUGGAUGCAAUAAAACAAUAAAAAUAAAACUGUUGAAGUGAAAAAGAAUUUAUAAGCCUUUGUAAAUAAAAAAUAGUUAUGCCAUUUUUUAUUUACAAAGGCUUAUAAAUUCUUUUAUAAUCUACUAGAAUUCCCAAGAUAAAUAUUCUGUGUUUUCCAUUAUUCACAAAAGUUUGAGUAUAGCAUUUUUAAAAAAAUGUUAUAUUCUGGCUUUCAGGAAUGUAAGAUGCUAUACAAAUUGAAUGAUAUGGCACUAUCCUGUUUUGAUAACGUCGUUUCUGUUGUUACCUUCCAAGGUAAAAGCAAAGCAAGAAACAGAACUGAAGCUCAAAUCGUUUGCUCCUCCCUAUGUAUGUAUAUUGUUACAUCACUUUUCAUGUAAAAGCAAAGCUACUUUGCUUUAAAAAUAUAUUAUACUUUAAAAAUAUAUUAUUUAUUUCAGAUUAACUUGCUGUAUAUUUCAGGCAUUUCAUCCAGAACUUUAUUUGUUGCCUGGAGUAGAAAGUAUUUAUUCAUCUUCAUCGUCAACUCCAGAAAGACAUCACAGUAAUGCAGACUAUAUACGUGCAUAUACAUCAUAUCAUAGACCACCUGACGUAUCAGCUCCAGAUCAUGAAGCUGGUCAGAACCCCAACAUUUUGGAGACUUCCUUGAAACAUCAUCUCAGCCCAACUCAGGAUAAAAAUAAUUUAAUAGGAUGGGACGAAACUGAAAAAGGAAGUGCUCAAGAUCUCCCUGCAACACAGAUCUCUAAGCAAGAACAGAACGAAAGGAUUAAAGAGAAAUAUAAUUCACAAAGAAGGGAAGGUGAGAUAUAUCAAGGCUGCUUAAUUGCUAUAACAACCAAGUGCAGGUCAAAUUGCAAGGACAGCACAAAUAUUUCUUUUCCUCUGAUUUUUUUAAAAAAUAGUUUUCAAUUAUUUCACCUCCAGCAAGAGCUGUACUUCAUAUUACGAUCAGACAAGUUAUACCUUGUUUGAAUCCAUGAGGAGUUUUCAACAUGAGGAGGAAAGCAUGGUUUUAAUUUCUUUCUCCACAAUCGAGGCUUGGAGCCUGUUGUGUCAGGAGAGGGCAAAUGAUCUCUCCCCCUGCCCCACCAUACCUUAUUUGAGAGGGAGAUUAAGCAUCUUUAACCUGGCCAUUAUUUCAUUGUCUGUAUUGAUGAUGCUAGCAGUAGGAUUCCCAUCUACUAAUUUGGUUUUGUGCCUUUUUGGUGUUAACAGUUUAGCUAGAGUUUGGGUCCCAUCAGGUGUUUCUUCCCUGAAACUUCGUUUGUCACACUGCCAUUCCCUUGUUCAAUUAAUCAUAUGUCCGGACUGGUUUCGUUCAAAAUUAAGGUUUCAGGGGUGGGGAGGAAAUCAAAUCAGAACGACUUGUUCGCAAUAUGAGUUCCUGAUCUUUAAUUGUAUUUUGGUCCUACCUAGACUGUGGCAUAUGUAACAUUUGCUUUUUUAAUUUAACAAAGGUUCCAACAAUAUCACUUGUUACCAAAAAACCCCCUUUUAUUUACUUGGGUAUAUAUUUCUUUAAAAAUUUAUACCCAGCCUUCUUAGAAAUAAAAUAAACUUAAAGUGGCUUACGAAAAAAAGGUUCAAAAUGUGCAUAAAGCAGUUCACGUUACUUACGUUAACAUGACUAUUAUAGUUAAAUAUGAUUAUUUAUAAUAAUAUAUGAUAAAUCUACAACUUAACACAACUCUCAUAAGUAUAUAUAGCCUAAUAUAUAAUUAUGUACCGCCUCCAGGAGAAAUUAGUUUUAACAAAGAGCAAAAGGAAUCCAUUAAAUCUCCCUAUACAUUCCAAGAUAAAAUUUCUGCAAGACAAAACUCUGUAAGAAAAUCCACAUCAGUGAAAAUUCCUCAGCGAAAGUCUUUCAGCCAAGCUCGACAGCAAAAUACUCCUAGAAAGGUCAAGAAAUACAAAGAUUCUGUUGCACCUUUGCGUAUGAAUCAGAACCGAGAGCAAGAGGGAAACAACCAGAUUCAAGUCAAUCACAUCACACAGAAGAUAAAAGGUAUACAUUCCUCCACUAAGCACUACGUUUAAAGUUUAUUUGUAUUUUGCAUUAGCAUUGUUUUUUUAAAAAUAAAUCUAUCUGUAAAAGCUGCUCUGGAGAUUCGGGGAGGGGAGGAUUGCAAGGGGCAGAGGCAGAGGCAUAAGUAAAGAUUGCCUCCCACCUUCCUCUACUUGGGGAACUUCCCCGGGAUCUGAGAGCUUUCCAUCAACAGAAGGAGGCCUUCCAUUUACGGAAUAGCCAAUCUGAAUCCCAACCCUUUGGUUUGCAUGAAAGCAUUUAAUAAUAAUGCACUUAACCGUAUUUUUCCAUGUAUAAAACGAGGGGUUUUUUAAUUAGAAAAUAAUAUUAAACAUUUGGGGUCAUCUUAUGCACGGAUAGUGCAGAGGGGGGACGGGCAAUUGGUAGCAGCCGCGAGCAGGAGAUUGUCAGCGGCGAUUGGGCGUGUGAUUGGUGGCUGCGGCAAGGGCUGUUAUUGAUUGGCUGUUGCUGUGGCAAUUGGGCAGGUGAUUAGUGGCGAGUGGAUAGACGAUUGGUGGCUCUGGCGACGCGUGGGAUUGGUAGUGUCAAUCAGGCAGCUGAGCAAUAUUUGGCACCCCCCCCCCAAAAAAACCCCUUAACAACUCUUGGCAAUCUUCCCCCAUUUUCUGAAUUUGGAGUCCCCAAAACAGGGGCGUCUUAUACACAGGUUCGUGUUAUACACGGAAAAAUACAGUAAUUUGCAUUAAACUAUUUAAUAAAGCUCAGUGAUCUGCGGAACUGGUCCAGAAGCCACACGAGGACAGCUUUUCGGUAGUAAACAUUGGUGGUUCUUUAGGUGAUAAGAUCCGCUUGCUUGCAUCAGGUCUAAUUAGAAGCCAGGAGUGACACCAAUCCUAACCUUGAUGAAAAGAAUAGAAACUUGAAAUGGUUGGACAUUGCAAACUACAGCAGUUUAAGAAAGGGGAAAUGUAUUGUGCCCGUCGGCUAAUACGCACUUUUGUCCAGAUUGCCUCCCAUUUCUACAUUUUACAAUCUCCCGUGUAAUAGGGCUGGACACGUUUUUAUUAAAAAACACUGGCAGUUGCCCUUAGAUUUUUCUUUCAUCUCAGGGUCUUCCUUCUAUAUCCUUCCUGUGAGCCAACUGGCGUUCUUGACUUUGCGUUGAUAAUUUCCAUUUUUGCUUCAGGCGGAUAUGCCCAGAAUCUGUACACACUCAUUUUUUCGCCAAGCCAUUGCUUCUGGCGCUGGAUGGCAGAAGUAAAAACAUGAAUAUAGAAACAGAAAUAUUAUUUAAUAUAGGGUAUUAUUUAUUACCCGCCCUACACCCUAACAUCCCAGGGCAGGUUACAACAUUAAAACACACCAUUAAAGACAGCUAAACAAUUUUUUCCCCCAACCUCUGAUGUAGAAGGAGCUCCUAUUGCGCUGGAUGCAAAUACAGAAAAUGAAGGCAACCUGACAGGUAUUGGAAUGGGAAGACACACCACAGGGGAUUCUGGAAUCCCAGAAUCUUUGGAGGAGAGAGACAUGGACUAUUCACACAGAAUGAGGAGGUAACGAAACGGAGAAAUUUCUUAAUAUACCGUAUUUUUCGCUCCAUAAGACACAAUCUUUCCCUCCUAAAAAGUCAGGGGAAAUGUGUGUGCAUCUUAUGGAGCGAAUGCAGGGGGGAGGCAGGCAGGAAAAGCCCCAAAGAGCUGCACACAAGCUCCGCAAGGCUCUUGCGGGCUUUUCCACAGGAGGGAGAAGGGACUGACACGGCCAGUCAGUCCCUUCUUCCUCCUCGUAGAAAAGCCUGCAGGAGCCGCACGCUCCUUAAAGGAUGCACGGCUCCUGUGGGCUUUUGCGGGAGAUGAGGCUUCUGCCAUAGCCGCGCGCAACCUGCUCGCUGCCUUGGCUUCUUUGCUCUUUGGGGCUGCGGGGGGGAUGGGACCCGGACUUCCCUGGCAGCCCCGAGAAGCUGUGGGAGAAGCGGACGGGCUGCGCACAGCCUGUCCGCUGCUCUUUGGGGCUGGAGGGGGGAAAUCAUAUUUUUUUCUUGAUUUCCCCCUCUAAAAACUAGGUGCGCCUUAUGGUCUGGUGCGCCUUAUGGAGUGAAAAAUAUGGUAUCUUUGUGAUAAAGGCUAAAAAUACUUGAAAUAAACAAGCUGUCAUGUUGACAGUAUUAGCUGCUCUUCAUUAAAGUUGCAUUAAGGGCUCCCAACAUGUGGGAUAAUGGGGAAAAAAGCAAACACUUUAAUUAGUUUUCAGACAAAUAUAAUUAAACCUGUGAACCUGUUCUCUUCAACUCAUUUCCUGUGCGUGAGGUUAUCGCUUCCAUGGAAUGUUUGCUACCGGUCCAGUUGGCUACCAGCAAGCUGCCGCACCCUAAUUUCAGCACCCCGUUUUCAGAUUGGUAAUCUGCCACCCCAGCACUCUAUAUUUGCUAGAUCCCACCAGCCUUUUAAACAAAUUUAAUUAAGGUGGUUUGUUUCUAAUGUAAUUACUACACUGCACUUGGAUCUCAUCUUUAGCCAACAGCACCCUGGAAUUAUUUAUUGUUUCUAAUGUAAUUGCACUGUGCUUUAAUUUCAUUUUUAGCCAACAGCAUCCUGGAAUUGCCAAGUCUGUUGCUGACACCGGUAGCGUGCAAGAUAGCCAGGUAUGUUUCCAAAUGUCUAGCAAAAUAAACAAAUAAGGUAGCUGAAAUUGGUUGCAGUCGUUUCAGUAACUUGAGGUCAUUUUUCUUUUCUUUUGGAUUGUUGAUUGCAAUAAGAUUUCGUUGUUGAAGCAGAAUAACGUUUACCCACUCUUGGACAAAUGCUCAUGAAACAAGCGCUUUUGCCAUACAUUUGAAGUAGCACAUAUGCUACAAGCAAUUGGAGCUGCAUGUGGGUUUAUAAUGUUUGCAUAUGUAUGUGUAUGUAUAUGUACACAUACACAGAGAUAUAUUCAGUACCAAAGUACCAAGAAGUAGACCAAGUCUAUGCAUAUUUAGUUGGAAAUAGGAACGGAAGGCUAUGUAAAUUUUGGUUCUCUCAGUUUUUCAUUUUUUAAAUCUUAAAUUCACUUCUCCACGUUUCUGCAGCAAUUCACAUUUUUGGGGACAUAAAUCCUCAUGAAAAUCCUUACACAUUUGAGGGUGAAAUAUCCUGUUUUGGCUAAUGUACAUAUUUUUGCAAAUAAUCUACCCCAAUAUAAUGCAUUUUUGGGUUGUAUUUUAAAAAAUAAUCCUAGGAGGUUUAGUUUGGUUAGUAUACACUUCCAGGUAAAGGUGACACUAAAUACAUUACUCCUGGUGACCGAGCCACCAUAGCUGCUAGAGGGAUAUGAAACUUUGUGGCCCUGGCUUUUAGACUCGUGUACGCAUGUGCUAUCUGAAACCAAAGCAGCUCAUGGAUUGGCAGAUGUGAAAUAUAUUGGCAUUAUUUUCAGCUCUCCUACCCCACUAUCUGGGGCAGUGCUGAAGUUAAGCUUGCUUGUCUAUCUGAACACAUGGGCCAGAUGUGUGCCAUGAAAUAUUCCCUCGAUACUCUGCAAUGUUCAGAGGUCGGUGGCAGAGGUAUAUGGAUUCCUAGACAGACAGGUUGCGGACAGGGUUCCCUGAAGGUAACUAUUGUUUUCCACUAAAAGGGCACUUGAGUUAGCCUUCCUUUUAAGACUGAUACAAAUAGAAUCUCCAGUUUCAUGUACUGUAGGGAAAGCAGCAAACGCUGACAUGCUUUUUCAUUUGGUCCCUAGACUGAUGAAAAUAACCUAAAUGACUUUGCACAUCUGAGCCAGUAUAUUUCGCCUCCUACUCCACCUCUUCUGGCUCUGUCUGUAAACAGAGCUGAAGCUCCCAGCGGAAUCUUUCCAACAGAGGGUGAGCAAAUUGUUCUAAGAGAUCUUAUGGGGUUAAAGUCUUCCCCCACAAUGCCUGACUGUGAAAGGGAACAAAGAUUGACAGCAAGAGACCUACACAUCCACACUGUACAUUGAAAGCACACCUUUCCCCGAAGGUUCCUGGGCACCAUAGUUAAUGGUAGGGAUGUCAAAGAAUUCUGCUGGAAAUGGAAACAACAGCAGAAGUCACUCCUAAUUCACAGGUUCAUCUGAGAUCAGGCACGGAAAUCUCACAAGCGAAUGCGAGCAGUUUUUGCUGCUGCUUUUCAGUCCAUAAGCGUCACAUAAAAGAUACACUGUUUUCCGCAUUGUUUUUGCCGUUUCUCUUGCACUGAAAUGUACUGGAAUUAAUUAUGUAAUUAGUUUCAGUCAUAGUGGAUAGUGAGAUGAACAAAUGUCUGUUUUAGCAGAAGCCAAACUGCAGCAGAAUGGAAACGGAUUGCGACAAAGCUAGGUCAGGACUGAAAUCACUGUCUUACAUUCAUAGUUAAGAGUGCUGGGAACUGAAGCUCUGUGAGGGGUAAACUAUGUGUCCCAGCAUUCUUUGGGGGGGAAGCCAUGUUCUUUAAACGUAUAGUGUUAAUAUGACUUGACAGAAAUCAAAGCCUCUGGAAACCUAAUGGGAAAAGCAGGAAAAGCCUUGAAUCUCAUGCUCUGCUUGUACGUGUGUGUAGAUAAACCUUAUAACACAUACACAAAAAUGACAAUUCUCUAGGGACCUUCAUUCCAAGGAAACCAAGUACAAAGUAUGUGCUAGGACCCCUCUCACCACUCUCAUUUUUGAGGGUGUGCAACAACUCGGUAGUUAAAAAUGGCAUAACUUAACAGCAGCAGGCUUUUCCUGGCUCUCUUACAAAGUAGGAGGCAGAGUUUGCUUAAACGUAAGUGACCCCAGUGCAUGCAUUGUCUAAGCAAACACCGUUGUCGGGGAGCCUCUAAGGAGUCACUUGUCAUUGCUGGCAUGUUCCAACGACACUAAUCCCAACCCCGGUGCUUGCCUUUCCUUUGACCGAGUGCCCCUGAGGGAGGAUAAUUUGGCUUAAUUCAGUUUUUACAUCAUUAAAAUUAAUCCAGCCGCCUGUGUCACAUCACAGACUAAGUGUUUUGUUAUACAAUUAGCACAAUCCCCAUAGAACUUAUAUUUGUUAUUUCACAUACAGUAUAUGUACCGUACUUUUCCAUGUAUAAGACUAGGGUUUUUUAUUUUAAAAUUAUGUUCAGAAUUGUGGGUCAUCUUAUACACGGAUACAAUCUCCCCGCUCCCCCACUUUUUCAAGUUGGAGUCCCCCAAAACAGGGGACGUCUUAUACAUGGGGGUGUGUUAUACACGGAAAAAUAUGGUAUAUAGAGCACCAUUUGUCCAAGGAGCUCAGCCAUGUAAAUACAUGGUUCUCCCCUUCCUCAUUUCAACCUCACAACAAUCCUCUGAUGUAGGUAGGUUACCCUGAGAGGUCAUGAUUGGCCUAAGGCCACCCAGUAAACUUUGUGGCUGAGAGGUGAUUUGAACCCGGGUUUCCUUGGUCCUAGUCCAACUCCAGCCACAACACCUCUCUGUAGUAGUGCAGACUUUUUGUAAUUGCCCAUAUGUUGCACGGUUUCUGCUUUUGAUAGGAGCUAUGCAGUGGCAGGUUCCCAGUAGACAUGCCUGGUCUCAUUAAUCUCUAGGCGUUUAGGCAUUGUUUUGUUUAUUUAAAAGCAUUUCUAAAAUGCUGAAUAUUCAAAAUCUCUAUGCAAAACUACAAGCAUUAAAACAUUACCGUCCUGGCAGAAAUAUAUUGAUCGGGGAAAGCCUGGGCAACACAAUAUAUGUGUUAGCAAGUUUUAAAAUUCCCUUCCCACCCCUCAAGAGGAAUUGUUGCAGUGACACCUUCAGAUGGUAUGUCUGAGGUACGUGAAGGGAAAAGUCACAGAGAAAGAUUUGUUUCAUACGGUGUGGAGUUUUGCGCACGAGCAUCUCGUACAGCCAGAUACAGGCAGAAUGUUAGUGUGGGCUGUGUGCCUGGAUCUUGGGAGGCAGGCGGGGAUCUGAUGCUCCAAUUUGCCACACCAAAGACCCCUAAAAUACUGCAGAUCUUUCUGUAGAACCAGGCUUCUUUUCUUCUCGGAGGCACUCCUGUGUCAGAUUUCUUUAUCCUGGGCUUUCCGCAUUUUUUAACCAGCACAAGUAUACUAAUCUUGAGGUUUCUUUUCCUCAGGUAGUGAGUUGAUCAGACAGCUGCAACACAUCAAGGCAGAACGAAAGCACCUGGAGAGGGCUAGAGAAGAGCUGGUUAAAAAAGCGAGGAGCUUACUGGAACAGAACAAACUCAGGAGAUACCAGGGUAUGUGUUAUUAGGCUGAGAUAUCUGGUGAGGUUGUUAUCCACACCCACACCCACACCCACACACAGCCCUCCUUAGUUUUUGUUUUAGGCCAGUUGCCAGAAAAAACCGAACAGCGAAGUCUCUCUGCUCCACCCCACCUUCUGCUUUUUAAAAGUUGUACUUAGUUGAACAGGCAGCUUUUGCGUUGGCCUCCAUUGUCUUGGGAGUCACAAAAGCAGUGUCUUGGAAAAAGGGAACCCCAAGAGAUACACUGACAAAGGGUAGCUGCUUUAUGUAUAUAAAAACCAAGGUAGCUUUUGGCUGGUCGCGGGUGCGGUUUAGUGGGUUUUGACAGGUCAAGGGAAUAAAGAAGGUGAAGGAAGAAUAACUUUAUUUCUGCUUGAGUGGAGGUGGUGGAGGACUGAGGAGCUAGAAAAUCUAGAAGAUAGCAUCAUUGUUGGAGGUGGGUUUGCUUUACUUCCCCCUCCAUGGCAAUAUGUCAUCUAGCACCCUGGUUUCCAUCAGAAUUGGACCAUUUCUUAGAUGUCUCUCAGUUUAUACCCCUUCUUUACCUUUGUUAAAGCAAAGCCUCAUACCUUCCUGCAAACCACACAUUCAAGAGUUUGGGUUUCCACAUGCUAGAGUCCAGCUAUUCUCUUUUAAGUACUGUAUGAAAGCCGUGGCACUUGACCUAGCAUGUUAAAAUUUAUACAAUGUUUUCAACUCUUAAUAUUUUUGGUUUAUGUUUGAACAGACAAUAUUGCUUACUAUUCUGAUUCUUAAGUUACAAUCCUGUAUUCUCCUAGGACUAAGCCUCACUGAACUAAACAGGGUCUGAAAACCUGAAUAGACUUGCGCCAUUGAGAAUAUCAUUUUGAUCUGUGCUCUGGUUUCCCCGUACAGCUCGUGAUUCCUGGAAAAAGAAAUAUUUUGAAGCUAAAAAAGUCACAGCUUCCUUGGAGGAAGUUUCAAAUAAACUGCGGGAAGAAUUAGAGCUUCACUACCAGAAAUUGUUGAUGCAGCUAGAAGCUAGGGAUAUAAGGAAAAAACGAAAUAAUUUGACACAAGUUGCUAAUUCAAAGGUAAUGCUGUUUGUUCAGUCUUUAGCUCCCCUCUCCAUAAAAUCUAAGCUCCUUCAUGCCAUUUAGACAGAUAAGUGUUCUUCAGAUUUUAUAAUAACCCUAGAAGAGAGUUUAAUAAUUUCCUUCACUAAUCUGACAUAAUCCCUGCCUGUAUAAUUUAAUUUGAGCUACUUUUUAUAUCUCAAAGGCUCAAUUCCUUAACUGAACACGCUCAUCAGGAAUAUUUGUAUCAGACUGUUUUUCUUUUGCACAGGAAAAUUAUAUCCAUGCAGAUUAACUUUCAAGCCAUGAUCCUAAACAUACACUUACCUGGGUAGUCAGUCCUUUGCUACAGGGAUGGGCAAGCUGUGGAUUUUCAGAUGUUGUCAUACUACAGCUCUCUGCCUUCAUCCUUGACCAUUGACCAUGCCAGCUGGGGUUGAUGGAAGUCCAACAACUUCAGAAGGACCACAGGUUGCCCAUGCAAGCUUUUCUGUAUCAAGGCAUUGUGUUUAGAAUGUGAAAAUAAUGGAAAUUGAUAGUGACCUGCACUAGAAGACAAAUACUAUAAUGGCAAGAGAGAGAGAGAGAGAGAGGGAGAGGGAGAAGUCCCUCAAACUAGAUGAAAUGUAAAUUAAUACAUAGCAUUGUAACAAUGUGGCCUUGCCAAAAAUCAUAGCUUACAAACAGGAAAGAUGGAAAUUUCUCUGCAGGCUCUUUCCCCCUCAAUUUGAAUUGGCAUAACACACUGCUUGCCUGAUUCAACUCCGAUAUGUAAUUAAAUUGUUUUGUGUGUGUAAAAUAGCUUUCUCGCUGGCUCGACAAUGAAACUCAUGAGAAUACAGUUUUAAGUUAAUUAAAUCCUUCCCAUAUGAAUCAUGCCCUUGAGAUAUCAACACAGUUCUGCUAAUUACUCUGAGAACCAAAGGAUUUGCUUGUGUCUCAGCCUUUUCUCAUGUAGCAAACUUCCUCCUGUUUACAUCUUUCAAGUUAUCUUCCUGUUAAACCAAGAUUUAUUCCAGUUAUAUAUCGCAGUUAUAAGGCAUGAAUGAUUCCCCCCCACUUCAGAUCAGCUUCUGUUUACAGCAGUGACAGUGUGCCUGUGAUCUGCCAGAUGCUGUUGGACUCCUACCAGCCUCGGCCAUCAUUGCCAGUGGUCAGGGAUGAUGGGAAUCGGAAUACAACAUCUGGAAUGCCACAGGUUCUCCAUUCCUGGUUUCGAUCAUGCGUUAAGACAACAUCUUUGCCAGCUCUGUUCAUUCCCACAACUGAGUUCUGCAUUUGCACGGAGCAACUCUGGAACUUUCUAGAAUGUUAGUCAAGGAGCUGGUGUUCUUUCCUGCUCGUUCUGGUAGAGAAAGAUGUGAUUAUUUGAGCACAUUCUGAGUGGGUAAAGGAAACACAUUCUUGACCAUUUUCACUACUGCACGGAUUGUAGCACCAGGAACUUCCUCAUUUAGUUUCUCACAGCAUUCUAUCUUCAUUUUCAACCAUUUCAGCUACCACUUGUUGUGUUAGUUUUCCUUUGUGGCAAUGGUGCUGCCAUUUUCCUUUACAAAGCUGUGAGGCCAGGUGACAUCUAUGACAAUUGUCUCUUCUAUUUGGGUGAAGGAAAGCCAUCCAAUAGAUAGAUAGAUGCAAUAAUUGCCUGAAAUAAUAGCUGUAAGGAGAAAUUAAUACUCAAUUUUAUUAUAUAGUCACACAUUCAAACUCAAAACUAUGUGAUAUCAAAAGGGGAGAUGGGAGGGUCUAAAACUGGCAGUACAAUCAAAAUACAAACCACAAGAUUCCUUGCCCAUUUUCCUUCAUUUGCCGGAGAAAUAUUAGACAAAACUGGAUCCCUUGAUUCCAGAACAUAGCCUCUUGUCUACCCCAAUCCCCAAAAUGGAGUCCAGCACACGCCCUCUCACAAUAAAGAGGUGUGGAGAGACAGGAAGAUAACUCAAGUUGGAAGCACCCAUAUCUGCACAUGAACUCUCUCGCUCUUUGAAAUUCACCUGUGCCUUUUAAUAGAUAGAAGUCUCAUGGGGAGAAGGGAAGGACAAAUUUAUUUUGGGCUUGGGUCAGUCUAGGGCAGCUAUAGCAAAGUCUACCAGGUGUGUACCAACUAAGCAUGGAAGUAAAUUCACAUGCAGAAUUGCAUUAUUUUAUGUUAAUACAGUGAGGCCAUGGCUUCACCUGCCAUGUGACCAAUCAGUUCACCAUUUGAGUAACUGUAUGAGACAUAGCCCUGAUGUUCUGCACUAUGUAUGUUUCUGGGAGGAAGGUGAUACAACAGGAGCUUAGGGACUAAAUCAUAUAAUUUUAAGGAGAGAUGCAGAUUUGGACGAUUUGCACAGACAGUGAUAUUAAUAAGUGCAGGAUGUAUGUUAACUCUGAUCUGUAUGAAACCUUUCUUUGUUUCUUCUAGAAUAAUACAAUAAUCCAGAUCACCACUUUGCAGCACGAAAUUGAACAACUAAGGAGAAAGGUUGAUAAUGCAAAAAUGAAGCUUGUCAUAGAAAUUAAGGUAUUACACACUAACUUGCCUAGUUCGUUUUAUAUCCAAGUGAAGAAUGUAAACAUUAUAUUUAGAUUUUUAUCUCAAGCAUACCCUUUAGUGUUUUUCUUUUUUUAAAAAAAAAUCAUUUAAGUCACACUUUUGCUUUCAGAAGCUUCAUAGCUUCUUGAGAGCUUCAUAGUUAAGUGAGGAAUCAAACCUGGACCUCCCCAGUCAUAGUCAAACACAUCACCCACUACACCACACUUGGCUCUUCAGUAGCUUAAGACUGGAGAGCUGGAGGUCAAAGGAAAUAACUUCUCUUGCUUUUCAGUUGCUUUUGUUCCGUAGGCGUAUUCUGAGUUCAUUGCACUAUGGAGCUGAGGACUAAAGGGUGUUCACCCCGGAGUUAAGCACAUGGUCAUAUUUGAGAUCUGGUUCACCAAAACAUUGAACUUUAACUUUGCUUCCAUAGCAGUGGUGUUUCUGUAAGCAGCCACUACUCCACUAAGGAGGAAGGAGAGGCUAUUUUUCAAAAAGCAAAUAUGCAACCCUUGUUCUUUGAAUAGGGACCUGAAAGUCUGUGAUGCUGCACCAGGGAAUGUCCUACACCACAUAGAAAAGCAUUAUAGCUUUUUACUUGUUCGUCCCAUGUCUGGAACCAGCAAAUACAACUGGUGUCCACUGUGGUGGUUGCUGUUUUCAGUUGGCAAAGGGCAUGUAACUGAUGAACAAACCACUCGUCUUGCCUUUCAUUUGCACUGAAAUGAUGGGUGGAAUAGCAUACGGGCAGCAUAAUUGCAAUAGGGUACACAAAUAAAUUUGCUGCAGCGGACAGCAAGACAAAUAGCGUAGAUUUCGGCAGAAGAUGAAUUGCAGUGGAACAGAAAACAGUUCUGCAUGCAACUGACACAGGGUGGGACAGAACAUGAUGUUUUCUCACAUCCGCUGUGCCUGUACCACUUUUUCAAAAUUCAAAAUGUGACUGGGAUCCAAACAUGUUUAGCAUCUAUGCUUUAAACAUUGUACCUGCCAACAUGGAGUACCAAGAUGGCAUGUGUCAGAAAAAUCACAGGAACGAAAACACACCACUUUGAGAUCUGCAGUACAAUCUGUGGUAUUUCUUCACCUCAUUUCCCACUCUCAUUAAUGGAAAUAUGAUGUAAUUUGUACACGAGGGUUUGCCAUUACUAGUGACCUUAAUAUGCCAGAAACAAACCAAAAUGGUUCAUCCUUUAACUUAUUGGGCUUGAAAGAUGAAAGAACAAGGAAAUGGUUAUUAAUCCACAUAAAGGUUGAACUGUAUCUAUAAAAUAAUACGAAGGUUCUAAUUUAAUUCUCCUUUUUGCAAUCUCGGAAUAUUUUUUUCUAGAUGAGGAAGCAGGCAGCUUCUGAUUUGCGAGCACUGAAGGCAGAACUGGCCCACAAGAAAGUUCAGUCUUCUUUAAGACUCCACCCUGAAGGACAAGUCUAUUAG